GGGUUUCUGGCAAAAACACACAUCUAGCGUUCCUGGCAGUAUUAAGGCAGUAGAUUCUAGUAGAGGACUGACUACUGUUGUUCUUGGAGGACAGUACUCUUAUGGUGAAUUCAUAAACACAGAUGCUGAUAGUAAUAUAUUACAAUCUCAAUUGCCUAAUUCAAUGCAUAUUUCCACUCGGUCUGUAUCGCCAAAUCCGUCUGCUCAUAAUUUCUCGGAAUAUCUCUCGUCCACAAACGAUGUUUGGAAUGACAGAUCAGAUGACGAAGACCUUCCCGGCGAUUUCUCGGAAGGAAAGGAUCUGAGAAAUGACAAAAAGAGCAGUACAUUCAAGUCGGAUUCUUACAAAAAGGAUACCGACAGCAGUUCUAGUGGAAUUCAGACCAUUAUCAACUCUGAUGGCGUCAAGGCAGAAAUUAAGCAAAUUGUAGAAGAUCCGAUGAAUUUAAUCAAAUUUAUUAAUUCAAUAAAAAUGUCGCCGGAGGAUCUUGAAAGGCAGAGUGAUGCCGAAAUAUUAGACAUUAAUGCACGUAUUACAAAAUUUAAUAAAUUUAAAGACAUCCUCCAGAGUCCGAACGUGGAUUUGGUUGCUUUACGUAAUUUAAGUUGGUCUGGGAUACCAGAUGAGUUGAGACCUGUAGCAUGGCAAUUACUUCUCGGUUAUUUGCCUUGUAAUUCAGACAGAAGAGUGGCUACACUAGCUCGCAAACGCAAAGAAUACGAAGACAGUGUAUCACAGGCGUAUGCUAAGGGUAUAGCGGGAUUAGACCAGUCAAUUUGGCAUCAGAUUCACAUAGAUGUCCCGAGAACUAAUCCUGGGAUAGCUUUAUAUCAAUACGAGACAACACAGCAGUGUUUAGAACGUAUCCUUUAUGUGUGGGCAAUACGGCAUCCUGCUAGUGGAUAUGUACAGGGUAUCAAUGAUCUUGUCACUCCGUUUUUUCAAGUUUUCUUGUCUGCGUAUAUAGAUGCCGAUCCAUCAACGUACGAUGUUAGCAAACUACCCGAGGACGUAUUGAACGUAAUCGAGGCAGAUUGCUUCUGGAGUCUGUCUAAACUAUUGGAUGGAAUUCAAGAUAAUUAUACAUUCGCACAACCUGGCAUACAAAGACAGAUAAUGAAACUCAAAGAACUGAUCAAUAGAAUAGAUGCUCCACUAGCAGCACAUCUCCAAGAAGAAGGUAUAGAGUUUAUCCAAUUUACAUUUAGAUGGAUGAACUGUUUGCUUAUGAGAGAGAUGUCACUCAAGAAUACGAUACGCAUGUGGGAUACAUAUAUGGCUGAGGGACCAGAAGGAUUUUCCGAGUUUCAUCUUUAUGUCUGCGCUGCGUUUCUUCAUAAAUGGUCAGACCAAUUGAGAUCAAUGGAUUUUCAGGGAAUAAUGAUGUUUCUUCAAUCACUUCCUACUUCUCAUUGGACGGAGAAAGACAUUGAAAUGUUGCUUUCUCAGGCAUUUGUAUGGAAGAGUGUGUUCCAUAACGCUCCCAAUCAUUUGGCAAAGACAUAG